AAAAAAGUCUCGUGCGUCAAAUUUUGUCAAAUCUGGACGUGUUGAAGAAGGUUGUUGUCUGCGAGGUUAAAAAGUAUCAAAAUAUCGUCAAAAUAUAAUUUUCUGCUACAAAAUGAGUAAACGCAAAGCUCCCCAGAACGAAAAUCCAAACCAAGAACUGGUUGACGUCCUCUCAGAACUGGCAAACUAUGAAAAGAAUGUGACUAGACAGAUGCAUAAGUACAAUGCUUAUCGCAAAGCUGCCAGUAUCAUUGCUAAGCAUCCAGAGAAAAUAAAAAGUGGAAAAGAUGCACAGAAACUGAAUGGAGUCGGAGAUAAAAUCGGCAAGAAGAUUGAUGAGAUUUUGGCGACUGGAAAACUGCAGAAACUGGAGAAGAUCCGAGCAGAUGACACGAGUGUAGCUAUUAAUCUAAUGACAAGGGUGACUGGGAUUGGACCAGCCGCUGCCAGAAAGUUGGUUGAUGAAGGAAUAACAACAAUUGAAGAGUUGGCGAAACAUCCGGAUAAACUCAACCAUCAUCAGAAAAUCGGACUCAGACAUUUUGAGGACUUUGAGACACGCAUCCCCCGCCCCGAGAUGGAGCAACUAGAAACAUUUAUCAAAGCGGAAAUCCUGGAUCUGGAUCCUGACUACAUUGCGACCAUCUGCGGCAGCUACAGACGAGGCGCUGCCUCAAGUGGUGAUAUUGACAUCUUACUCACACACCCCGAGUUCACUUCCAAAGAUGAAAAACAGCCUGAGUUACUACUUUCUGUUGUGAAGCAGCUUGAGAAAGCUUUGUUUGUUACUGACACCAUCUCGCUCGGAGAAACUAAAUUCAUGGGUGUUUGCCAAUUACCUAAGGCGGAAGACGACAAAGAAGACCAUAGAUUUCGUCGGAUUGAUAUCCGAAUCAUCCCCAAGGACCAGUACUACUGCGGGACGCUGUACUUCACCGGCAGUGACAUGUUCAAUAAGGACAUGAGAGCAAAGGCCAUUGAAGCUGGUUUCACGCUCAAUGAGUAUACGAUCAGACCUAUGGGAAGUACAGGUAUAAUUGGAGAAGCACUGCCGGUGAAUUGUGAGAAAGAUGUCUUUGAUGUCAUCGGAAUGAAAUUUAAGAAACCAUCUGAAAGAAACCUGUAGAGUCACGACAUCACAGAAGCGUGAAAGGACUUGGAGAAGUCUAUCAACGUACCUGUGAUUGAGCUUUCAGGUCAGUGAGAUGAGCUAUCGGCUGACAAUUGGAACUCGAGAUGGACUAGGUAAACUCUAUGAAUUGCUCCCUGAUUCUAAUACCAGCCCUUUCAGGAAUGCAAAAGGACUUGCCAAACCUGCCCAUUUGGGAAUGCCAAGUUUCAUGAUAUUUUCAUUUGAACUCAAAUUAAAUAGCAACUUGUUUGUUUUUGUUAGUGCCUGAACUUGUUUUAAUAUUAUUAGGCACUUGCCCAAACACCAAUGUGUUCUUAGCUCUGUAUACAUUGUACUUUGUAUAUCCUGUGAAAACAAAUUUGGUACCCACUGCUAAAAUGUAAGAUUCAAAGUGUCCUGUCGAUAGGACAAGUUCGCUGGUCUUCUGGUAAGAUAUCUGCUCUAGAAUUGCAAGGGUGAUAGGUUCAGAUCCCAACUGAGUAUAUUCCUUUGGGGUUUUUCACAGGAAUCUGGGCAAGUGUCUUAACACAUCAGUGUUUGGAUAAAAACACAUGAUAUCAUUGAAAACAUUUUACUAAAAACAUGUUACAGUCUAGGUAAUUUUCUAUAGUUUUUCUGUAACACUACUGUUGAUGGGGCGGUUCAUUUAAACACAGUUAACUCAGAAAAUUGCUUGAACUCUUAAAUAGUAUAUUUUUUUUCUUCUUUUUUCAAUUGAAACGAAAUUGUUGUACCUGCUCAUAAAUGUUUAUAUUUGUAUCUUAGGUAAGAAAAUAAAAGUUUUUAAAAACAACCCCGUAACAUUUUUAAAAGACGCUAUAAUAUGACUUUGUAUUAUUCAUGUUAUGUAUCAAUUCAGUAGAUUGUCCCAUCUGAGCUUUUGUUGGAACCCCUUGAAGUAUUGACAAUACUCACCGUUUGGGAAAGUCUACUUUGUAGAUUCCUUUUUAUUUUUUCACAGGACUCCGGGAAAGUGUCUUAACACACAUCAGUGUUUGGAUAAAAACACAAAUAAUAUCGUAUGUUUACUUAGAAGUUUAGAAGGGAAAAUACGUGAAGGAAGAUCAAGACAGUGGGGAAAACACAGCAAAUCAUUUUUCCGAAAUAUCUUUUUAUUUUCAAUCUUGUGCUGUAAUAAGUACUAGUUCAAAUAUCCACCCAUUAUCAUGGCCCAUCCAUCGAAAUAAGAAAAUUCCCUAACUCAAACGGCGAAAUGGUACAGUCAACAAACGCAUAAUAUUUUUACAUAAUUAUUAUGUGACUGAUACACAAAUUAGCCUAAACCAUCCAUACAUAAUAAGUGAACAUACAUUAUUAUAUAAUUUUAUCUGAUCUAAAAGUCUUAAACAUUUACAGAAACAACUUUAAAAUUUUAAGUGAAAUUAGAAUUUACAUUGAAUAUCGUGCUGUUAAAUAUCAUCAUCUUUUUCUCAACGUACUCACCGUGUGCAUCCACUUUUAAAGACAGACAUAACGUUUACACAAGCCCUCUACACGUGAUUGUUUGUAAGUCCAAAAUAUUACUUAUUUACAAUGUACAAGUAUCUAAUAUUCUUCCUGUGUUUAAUCUGUUUCUGAUCCUUUUUUGCCCUCUAAAAAUUAGUAAGACGGUCUCGAAAGGAGGUGUCAUAAUGUAUAGAUCCUACAUUAUGGCACUAAGCUUUGCUCUGGUGGUAUGACUAGUACGAGUUUCACGAUGGGAAAAUAACAUGGCUGAUCUAUGCUAGUUAAGUUAAUUUGAAAUUGGACAUUGAACGUUCACAUAGGUUUAUACGGCGAAUAAUAUGUACAUUUUAUUUCGAUAAUUGGCCAUUGGACAAUCACCUGUAGGUUUAUACAGCGAAUGUCCAAUCUUCAAAAUGAAAAAAAAGAGACAUCCACUGACCAACUACGUGAAUGCCUAGAAUAGGAAAAAAACCAUGAAGGUAGAAAUGGAAAAAAAACAAGUAGACAUUUGCUGUACAAACCUAUGGGAUUGUUAAGAUGUCUUUUAUACACUUUAACUUAAAUGUCAUGCCUGAUUUAGCUUUAAAGUGGCACUCUCUCCUCAGUGGCUUAGCCGCAGACUCUCAUUGUGUGCUUGUGCACGGAGCAAGUUGGAAUCGAACCAUUCAUGUUUGCAUUUUCGAUCUCAGUGGGGUGGGUGUUCUAUGUUUGGGGGAGGGGCUACCGCCCCAGCCCUAUAUACCUUGGAUAGACUACUGGUAUGUGCAUAAAGUACUUGGGAAGGCUUAUGACUAAAUGGUGGAAUUUUAUACGACGAUAUACGGGGGUGAAACUAGCCAAUUACCAAAUCUAAACGUGG